UAAAACGGCACAUGCGAACACAUACCGGUGAGAAACCAUUUACUUGCAGCCAGUGCUCGGCUUGUUUCGCUGGAAAAGAAAAUUUAAAACAACACUUGCGAACACAUACUGGUGAGAAACCAUUUACUUGCAGCCAUUGCUCGGACUGCUUCGCUCUAAAAGGAACGUUAUUAAAUCACAUGCGAACACAUAGGUACCGGUGAAAAACCAUUUACUUGCAGCCAGUGCUCGGCUUGUUUC